UCACUCUGAAAAUUGCGCAGUUUGCCAAUAUUAUAUAAUUUGCACAGAAUCCGCACUUAAUGGAGCCAUCCGAAGAAAUCCCAGCUUUCGAAGUGUCAUGCUUACUCGAAAGAUGGAAAGUGUACUUUCCAUGUGAACUCAAGCCUGAAAGAUUCGAUAGAGAGUCCUUCCAACACCUCGCUGCUAAAAUAUGGUUCGAGACCUUCAAGAACCCAGAAAAUGAUAAAUACCUUGAGUAUGAAGUUGAACAAGAAAACAACGAUCGAGUCGUUGUCUAUGUCAACUACUCAACUCUGAUCAACUGUGGAGACAACAAUGUCACUCAGCUUUGAAGCUAUGUGUAUGAGAACCCUGGACAGAUCAUCAACACCUUAGGAGUGGCUCUUGACUGAGUGAGGUAUUAUGUAAAGAAGAUCCCGAAGCGCAAAGAAAUCAAACCUAGAUUCACCAACUACAACAAGCUGUUUCCGCUGAGUAGUGUCAAAGCUCAGUGACUAGGCCACUUCAUAUGUAUCAAAGGAACUGUAUUGCGUAUUUCUACGAUCAAAGUGCUUGUCAAAAGCAUCAUUUUCACUUGCAAUGACUGAAAACAGAAAAUCAGCAUGGACUUACUUGACGGAGUCUGGAACACUCCGAACAGCUGCACCAACAUGGACUGCAGGUCGAGGUUCUUUAUUCCUGACAAAGUUGGAGCCAAGACUUCGUUCUACCAGCGACUUCGACUGCAAGAAAUUGAAAACGAUAUCAAAGACUUAAAUGCAGGCAAAAUGCCUAAGUGCAUGGAUGUUGAAAUCAGAGAUGACUUGAUCGACAAGUGAAUCAGCGGUGAUGUAGUAACAAUAGCAGGGAUCUUGAAAACCGAAAUCAUGAAUGACUUCAAGUCGAGAGGCGCAAGAGCCGGCAACAGAACAACUGGUCUCCACACAUCAUACCUUGACGCCAACUCCAUCAUGAACUCCAACAUCAACACCAUGGGAUCGACCAACUGAGAAAGUGUUGACCAGAGAGAUGUCGCGAACUUUCUGAGCCUGGCUGAAAGAGGCGACGAGUUGUUUCCGUUAUUCGUCAAAAGUGCCUGCCCAUCGAUAUAUGGGAACGAACUUGUAAAGGCUGGACUUGUGUUGAGUCUGUUCGGUGGGACCGAUCUGAGGUUUAAGAAACAACAGUUCAGCGAUCUUAACAAUAAUGACAACCUUGCACAAAUGGAUGAUGAAGAAGAUGUCGAAGAUGUCAGCUUGGCCAUGAGACCUGACAUCCAUGUGUUGAUGAUUGGUGAUCCCGGAAUGGGUAAAUCCCAGAUGCUCAAACACAUCAACUGCGUUGCUCCAAGAGGCGUCUACGUAUGAGGUAACAGCACAACCAAUGCAGGACUGACGGCCACCCUGAUCAGAGACGGAGGGUCCAAUGAGCAGAACCUCGAAGCAGGCGCUCUUGUUCUCAGCGACCUCGGAGUCUGAUGUAUUGACGAGUUCGACAAAAUGAGCGGAGACCAAAGUGCAUUACUUGAAGCAAUGGAGCAGCAGACUAUUUCCAUUGCUAAAGGAGGCAUCAUCGGAUCUUUAUCAGCAAGAUGCACCUUGAUGGCAUGAGCAAACCCAGUCAGUGGACACUACCAACGGUCCAGAUCCAUCAUUGACAACAUCAGAAUCAGCAAUGCAAUUCUCAGUAGAUUCGAUUUGAUAUUCUUGAUGCUUGAUGAGCCAGACCUCGACAAAGACAGGCUGCUGUCUGAACACAUCAUGAAGCUACAUGCAAGAAAAGGGAAGCGCAGGCAGGAUGACUCAAAUGGUUACUCUCAGAUGAGCUCUUCUGGCAUGGGGUACGGAUCUGAGUCAGGCUACAACACAAGCUCUUAUGAAGAUCCGUAUCCACGUAAGCGAAGCUACAACACCCAUGGAGAUCGCUCCAAUAUUUACGGAGCUUCGGAUACUGACAUUGACGGUGGAAUCAGACCUGAAGAAGACUACGAAACCCUUGUCAACUAUCUGAAGCGUGUCAUGCACCAGAUGGACGAAGACCAGAUCCUGACUCCAGAGUUCAUCAAGAAGUAUGUGACUUUUGCAAAGCGGACAUGUUUUCCGAAGCUGUCCAAAGAAGCCUGUGAAAUUCUGAAGUCAUUCUACAUUUCACUCAGAGUGAACUCGAGUGGCCACAACUCGAUUCCAGUAACUUCUCGUCAAUUGGACUCUAUUAUCAGGCUGUCACAAGCUAAAGCCAAGCUUGAGCUCAGAAGCAUCGUCACACGAGAAGAUGCUGAAAUCGUUGUCAAACUGAUCCAAGAAAGCCUGUUCGAAACCAACUACGACCUGGUUGGCUUCAAAGCUACCAUUGACAAAAUUGCUGGCAAGAAGAAAGUCGACAAAGGAGAAGUCGAUGUCAACAACAUUGGAAGUCUGAGUCAACCUAAGCAGACCAAGAUCUUCAUUGAAAAACUGAAAGAAAUUGCCACUGAAAAACAAGACAAGUCGUUCACCCACACCCACUUGAUGGAGAUUUCAAGGUCUCUGAACAUGCAGGUUGGAGACUUCAGACAGUACAUUGACAAGCUCAAUGCAAACAACGUGUUGUUGAUGAAAGGACACAAGAUAUACGAAUUAUGAGUGGGACUGUAACAGCUUAAUUGUAUUCAAUUUAUACCUUACCAA